GGAUGUCAACGAGUCUUCGCAAUUGAAGGUGUAGUAAACGCUGGAUAUGGAGUUAUUGGACAGAGCGUAUUGUUGCUCAGAAAUGCAUGGCCUAAGGUGUUACAAGUUCUUCGGAUGUUUAAGGAGCAAGGUUUGGUACUGGUAUUUCUUUUGGGUCUUUCAGCGUUUUUCUCCAUGGCCGAGACUUCAAUUACUACCCUUUGGCCUUGGAAGGUUCGUGAGUUGGCUGAAAAGGAGUCCGAAAAUGGUGUCUUUAGACUGCUCCGAAGUGAUGUUACUCGGUUCCUUACAACUAUACUUAUUGGCACGACUGUAGUCAAUAUUGGAGCAACAGCCCUGGUCACGGAAGCUGCAACUGCUAUUUUUGGUGAAGCUGGUGUUAGUGCAGCAACAGGAGUGAUGACGGUUGCCAUUUUGCUUCUCACUGAAAUCACUCCAAAGAGUAUAGCUGUUCAUAAUGCAACAGAGGUGGCCCGAUUUGUUGUCCGGCCAGUGGCUUGGCUUUCUCUGGUAUUGUACCCAGCAGGAAGAAUUGUCACUUACCUUUAUGGGAUGCUGAAAUUGCUUGGCUUAAAAGGAAGAAGUGAACCCUAUGUAACUGAGGAUGAACUGAAAUUGAUGUUAAGAGGUGCAGAGUUGAGUGGGGCAAUAGAGGAGGAAGAACAGGAUAUGAUUGAAAAUGUGCUGGAGAUAAAAGACACUCAUGUCAGAGAAGUCAUGACACCCCUUGUUGAUGUUGUCGCGAUUGAUGCAAGUGCAAGCCUUGUAGAUUUUCACCACUUGUGGGUCACUCAUCAAUACUCAAGGGUGCCUGUUUUUGAGCAGCGUGUUGAUAAUAUAAUGGGUAUUGCAUAUGCAAUGGAUCUCCUGGACUAUGUUCAAAAGGGUGAGCUACUAGAAAGUACCACUGUUGGAGACAUGGCACACAAGCCCGCAUAUUUUGUUCCUGAUUCAAUGUCUGUUUGGAAUCUUCUCAGAGAGUUCCGAAUCCGGAAAGUUCACAUGGCGGUUGUGCUUAAUGAGUAUGGUGGAACUGUGGGAAUUGUAACUCUAGAAGAUGCUGUUGAGGAAAUUGUUGGUGAAAUCUUUGAUGAAAAUGAUUCAAAGGAGGAGAUACAGAAAAAAACUGGGUACAUUGUCAUGCGAGCCGAGGGUAUAUUUGAUGUGGAUGCAAAUACAUCAAUAGAUCAGCUCUCUGAAGAUUUGAACAUCAAGAUGCCAGAGGGUCAUCAAUAUGAGACAGUUUCAGGCUUUGUGUGUGAAGCAUUUGGCUAUAUCCCAAGGACAGGUGAGAGUGUCAAGGUGGUUCUUGAAAGGGAAGAUGAAGAUGAAAAUGACGAGUCUAAUGGUGAUAACCAGGAGGCAAAGGAGAAGUAUCAAAUUUUCAAACUCGAGAUACUAGCAGGAAAUGCUAGAAAAGUGAGCGCUGUUCGGUUUGAACGAAUAAACAAUGAAGAAGAAAUGUUGGAGAGCAAGGAAGUAACUAGGCUGGUCCCAAAAAUCAUGAAGAGAAGAUGGAAUGAUGAAGAAGAUUCGGAUAGCGCGGAAUAUGAUGGAGAAGCAUUCUCAGAGAGACCCCAGGACAGCCUAUCUGAUGAAGUUGAACAUGAAGCCAAAAAUGGUCAUGACCGUUCGUGAUUUGUUUGCUUGUUUGUUUUUGGGGGGCUUUGUGCUAUUCUUGCAACAUCAUAAAAUGAUGUGAAGAUUGGGGGGAGAGAGAGACUUGAAAAGAAUGAGAAUAAUUCAUUGGAUAAUAGGGAGAUUAGUGGGAUGAGAUGCAUUUGCAUCGUCGGCUUUAUUUGCGGCUUGUAUUUUCUUCCUCUAUAAUAAAAGGGAAGUAUUUCAUUCAAAAGAAACUGUACAGAUAAAAACGAGGAAGCCUACAGUAGAAGGUGCUGGAAUUUAUUUCA